UAUUAAAAUAUGAUAGGGUGACAGCAAAGAAAUAGAAAAAAUGGCUAUAUUCUCGCUGUGUGGCAAGAGGUCUUGGAACUCGAGCGCCAAAUACGCUUGCUUUUUCAGCGGAAAAUAGAUGAGGAGCCAACGGUACAACGAGACAUCAUUAUUGAUGACAAUUGAGUGGGCCAACAGAGAGCUUCGAAAGAGCCGUAGAGAGAGCCAGCAAUUACGAUAAUUAACGCAGUCAGCCGCCUGGAAACCAGUUGGCCAGAAGGAGAAGUCAGCCACCGUCAGCGGCACGGAGAAAGAGGGAAAGAACGCGAGAGAGAGCACGGCGAGCGCAUGUCAAAUUGUUCGAAUUGAUGACGUUUGCACGUUGACACCGAUAAGACAGGGUUGAGGGGGCUGAAACGCUCUUGGCCUGCUGCGAUUGGUCCGCUUCUGUUCUCUUUCUUGCAGUCCCGCCCACGAGGUGCGCCACUGCGCGGCCGUGACGUCAUCAAAACAAGUUUAAGGCCCCCAAACCGGUCGAGAGAGGUGGCCCAAAAAAGUGCGAGAGAAAUCGAGGGAGAGAGGCCACCGAGAGAAUCCGCCGCGAAAUCCAUCUACGAGCCAUUUUCGUUGUUGGUGUUUGUGUUGCACGUUGUGCCGUGUUUUUCGUGUUGCUGCCGCGCGUUUUUGCCGACGCGUUUUUAAUCGCCUCGCCACCGAGCCCCAAAAUGUUUUAAUCAGCUGGAGAAGAUUUGGAGUUAUCCGUUAAAGAUGCCGCAACGUACACCCAGCCCUGCUAACUCGGAGAUCUCGGUGGGAUCACCCAGUCCACCGCCGAUGAAGGCCCACAAUAUGAAGCGUUUGAGGCUGCUGAGGAGCCCCAAUCCCCUCGAGAAUAGCCGGCAAAAGUCAUCGCCGGUACGUGUUAAAAGCUUCUCAAUUGCCGAUAUUCUGGGUCGAGGAAAUGACAAGGAUUCGCGAGAGAGAAAGGUGGAUCCUCCGCCUAGUGCAAUUGCACCAGCACCGACGCUACCCGCACCAGCUCCUCUGAUGCUCAUCCACGAGCGAUUGCAACCGCCUGGAAUGAUAGGCUGUGCUCCUCCACCCGCUGCCGGAGUGCAUCCAUUCCUGUCGCCAGCCUUGCUCCAUAGCUACGAGCAACGGCUGGCCUGGGACUACCAGCGCCAGCUGCAGGAGCACUUCCAGGCGCAGGCCCACCUGCUGCGCCACAUGAGCCUCAAUCCCGCCAUCAUUACCUCCGAGGACGGCAGCUCCGAGCGGUCGGAGCACCGUUCCAGCAGCAGCAAUGGCAGCACCGACUGCUGCAGUCCGGAUCAGGGGGACAAGCAAGUGUCCCACGAAUCCCCCGAAAAGGGGUCCAAGAAAAUAGAGAACGGGAAGGCGACCGGAGGAGCUGCCGCUGGGGGUGAUACUCCUUUGGAUGCCCUCUUCCAGUUGUCCACCAAAAACUUUGAUGAGGAGCAGGAUCCUGCAACUUUAAACAUCUUUGCCACUCGGUCAAAUCCAAAGAAGAAACGCAAGUCCCGCACCGCAUUCACCAAUCAGCAGAUUUUCGAGCUGGAGAAGCGCUUCCUAUACCAAAAAUAUCUAUCGCCAGCGGACCGAGAUGAGAUUGCCAGUGGCUUGGGCCUGUCCAAUGCACAGGUCAUCACCUGGUUCCAAAACAGACGUGCCAAACUCAAGCGCGACAUGGAGGAGCUGAAGAAGGAUGUGCAGAGUGUGAAACAAUUACCCGACCAGUCAGCAGAUCCCACGCGCCCGCACCACCGCCACCCACAACCACAGCCCCAGGAUAGGGACAGGGAUAAUAAUAAGGACAAAGACAAGGAGGACCUGCGUAUGCUGAAGCUUAUGACAUUAAUGCGCUACUCGGAUGGCAAGCUGAUACAUCCGCAACCACCACAAGCACCACCACCAUUGAUGCUGCCCCACAUGCAAUACAGUGAUUAGCCUAAUUUGUAAAUUCCCGAAUAUGAACGCUUUCUUCGCAUCUAAUUUGCCAAAAGAAAUGUAAUAAAUAUGUAUUAUUAUUGAUAAAUAUUUUCCUCUCACGAUUUUCCUAAUUGGAGUAUCAAAUUUAUAAUAAAAACCUCGCAAAAACGAAAGAGGGUCGCAAAAACACAAAUUUAAUUUAAUUGUGUAUGAUAUAUUAUAUUUCAAAUGUAAUUUUUCCGGCGUUGUUGUAAGUUAUUUGUGUGAAACUGAUUUUUCCUGAAGUCAAAAUUUGUAUGCUAAAAAAACGAUAAAAUAAAAUCUGACUUUGAAUUUUAGCAAGAAAAUAAGUUUAUUUAUAUGUUACCCUUUCACCAAAUAUGUGCUAGAAAAUAAUAACA